ACUCGGAUCCCUUUUAGAGCCGCAGUUAGGGGGUUGGAUGCCGUUUCCCGACAAUAAACUGGAGUCAAGGACCGAGCAUACAUGUAUCGGCCACAGUGGAGUAAAUAGAGUUGUAAACAGCUGAUUGUAGCUUCGCUGAUCUUCACGAUUGGAGCUACAAAAUCACAAUGCUGCGCUCCAUUUGGUUUAUAACUUUAUUAUGCAUGACUUUUGUGGUCAUCAGUGCAGAAAUACAUCCAAUAGAUGUAGAGCCAGUGAUUAAAAAAGAGCAGCCAGAUUUUGAGGAUGACACAGGCAAUGGUUCUGUGUUGCAGGCUGGGAGCGGCCAUGCACCCAACUCCUCUUUGGAUGAAAAUAAGAAAAAUAAAGCAGAUGUUAGCUUUAUGCAUGCAUUUAUUGCUGCCCUUAGUAUGAUCAUUGUUACAGAGCUAGGAGAUAAAACCUUCUUCAUAGCUGCAAUUAUGGCAAUGAAUCAUCCAAGGGUAACAGUGUUUGCUGGAGCAAUGUUUGCGUUGACAGCUAUGCAUGUUAUGUCGGCUUUGUUUGGGUAUGUUAUUACGUGGAUCCCACGAGUGUACACUUUCUAUGCUUCAAGUGUUCUUUUUGCCAUAUUUGGCUUAAAAAUGUUACGUGAAGGCUGGAAAAUGAAACCGGAGGAAGCACAAGAAGAAUUUGAGGAAGUCCAGAUGGAUCUGAGACGCAGAGAUGAUGAU